GUCACAGCCAAUGAGCUUUCCUUUUGUUUGAAUCCUUAUAAAUUCGCAUACCCUUCCACAGAUCUUCUCCAACUUUUCGGGUUUAUCAAACUGAACUCUUAUAACCAAAUUAAUAAACGAUGGCUAUGAAUGCGGAUUCGAACGGCGGCUUUGGGUUCGCUUUCAACAACGUUAACCGUCUUCUUCGGAUCGAGAUCACUCGUGGUGGCGAGGUUGAGUGUUCGAGUAUCGUGGAUUGGGUUAGAGAUCGCAAACGCAGAAGAGAAGAUGUUCAGAAUGAGAGCCACGCUCUCAUUCUGAGCAUCUUCUCUUCUGCGUUUGCGAUCUCUAACCCAAUCGACGAUACUCGAACACUCAACCUCGCCGCCACGAGUGAUCUCGAUCCGGUGUUGGAUCCUGCUACAUCUCAAGUGGUGUUUGAGUUAAACAAGAACUCAUGUGAGAGGAAUGAUGAGAACCACAACGACAAACGUGGAGAAGCAACAAUGGUAACGUCUAAACAAGACUCCGAAUCAGGUGGUGAAGUUGAUACUGAGUAUCAUUCCUUGGGGAUGACGACUGAUACUUCAGUUCUUAGAGCUACAGAAUUACAUAUAAGCUCUCUGAUAUCGGCAGCCAAAAGCCCUUUUUUCUACAAGAUGUUCUCUAAUGGAAUGCUUGAGUCGGAGCAAAAACAUCUGACCUUGCAGAUAGAUGUUUCUGAGGAAGCUGCAGUAAUGGAACUCUUGAAGUUCAUGUAUAGCAACUCUGCAUUGCUUCUUCUUGGUCUUCCUUCUACUCUGUUCAUGGCUGAUUCCGUAAAGCCUCUGACAAAUGCCGCAAAGCAAUUCCUAGCCUUGCGCUGCAAGGAUAUAACCGAGUUUCCAAUAAGUGAGGUGUUGACUUUACCGUUACAAGGUUUCAAAGUAAUACUAGCGAGCAACGAUCUAAUGGUUCCGUCUCAAGACAUUUUAUACGAAGUUGUCUUGAGAUGGUUAAGAUCACAUUACUCAGCUGUAAAAGAACGCAACGAGAUCAUGGAUACGCAUCUCGCUCGCUUCAUCCGUUUCCCUCACAUGUCAUCCCGCAGGCUCAAGAAAAUCUUGACCUCAGACGACUUCAAACCUAAGCUCGUAUCGAAACUAGUCCUUGAUGCUCUCCUCCACAAGAUAGAACCGCCGCACCAUCGAGACAGUUCAGCCACUGAACAACCCACUCCGCUUAACGACCGGUUUGUUGAGCGAGACUACACAUUCAGACUCAUCAAGGUUGUGGAAUUCAAGGUUCCUCGCCAACAAUGCAUCGUUUACUUGGACUUGCAACGCAAAGAAUGCGCAGCCAUGUAUCCAUCAGGUCAGGUGUUUUCUCAACCGUAUGACUUAGGAGGACAAGUGUUCUUUCUCUCUGCUCACUGCAACAUGGACCCGAUGAAUAUGUUUCACUGUUUUGGAUUGUUUCUUGCGAUGCAAGAAAAAGGACCCGCGACUAUGUCUGUGGACUACGAGUUCUCAGCGAGGUCGAAGCCAGCAGAUGAGUUUGCCUUUAAACACAGAAGAAACUUUAAGUUCGCUGCAGAUAAAGGUGUUGGUUUCAGGAACUUGUUUUCUACAUCAUGGGAUAGUUUCAUUGCUACGGAUUGUCCCUACUUCAUCAAUGACGUCCUUCAUCUCCGAGCCCAGCUCACCCUCCGUCCCUAGAACCAACCGUAUCUUUUGAUUUUGUUAAAUGCAGCCUUUUCUUAUUCUUCUUCUUAGGGUAAUAUUACUCAAAAACCACAAGUACUUAGGUUGUGUGCAUCUGAAGCAACCAUGAUAUCUACACUAGUAGCAUAUGAUGAUGUAAAAGUGCAUGUUUUGACCAUCUUCGUCUGUACAAUUGGGGUCAAUUUUGAAGUAUGUGUCUUUCCUUAAAACUAAUUUGUUUCAAUGC